CGCCCGCGCAGUCGGAGCCGAGCAGCUGGCGGAGCGAGCGGGUCGCCGCGGGGCGCGGGGCGCGGAUUCGUGCCGUGUGUCUCGUGCCGUGAGCGGGGCCCUCGGCACCAGCCACCUGUUGCGGAGUGACCUUACGAGGACAGUUGCUGUUCCCGUGUGCCAGGUUAGCCAUGUCAUCUGAGCCGCCUCCGCCGCCACAGCCCCCCACCCACCAGACUUCAGUCGGGCUACUGGACACCCAGCAGUCCCGAGAUCGGUCACCGUCCCCUCUUCGGGGCAACGUGGUCCCGAGCCCAUUGCCCACCCGCCGGACCAGGACCUUCUCAGCGACGGUGCGGGCUUCUCAAGGUCCUGUCUACAAAGGAGUCUGCAAAUGCUUCUGUCGCUCCAAGGGCCACGGCUUCAUUACCCCGGCCGAUGGCGGCCCCGACAUCUUCCUGCACAUUUCCGACGUGGAAGGGGAGUACGUCCCCGUGGAAGGCGACGAGGUCACCUAUAAGAUGUGCUCCAUCCCUCCCAAGAAUGAGAAGCUGCAGGCCGUCGAGGUGGUCAUCACCCAUCUAGCCCCGGGCACCAAGCACGAGACCUGGUCCGGCCAUGUCGUCAGCUCCUAGGGGAUGCCGGAAGCGCCCCUUUCUCCUGGCCUUGUGGGUGACUGGGGGGAGGAGGAGGCAGGACCAAACUGGAGAUGCUGACCUGCCGUUUGAGAUGGGGCUUCAAAAGGGGGAACAUGGUCCCUUUCAAGUAUCUCCUGGAGGAAGGAGCGUGGGGGGCAGGCCCGGGGGUGCUCUCAGCCACCAGCACAGCCUCUGACCAUGACAACAGCCUCUCACCAUCUGAAAAGCAUUAAAAGCAUGGAAAACGGAGGGGCGACCGCUGGUGGCUGAGUGGAGGGUCCCAUCCCAGCCCAGGGGGUGGGGUCAGGCGGCGCUUCCCCAGCCCACAGAGUCCUCUGAGCCCCUGGACUGGAGACUCAGAAUCCCCGGGUCCAGUCCAUCCGGGGCUGACAGGGGCCUUGCCCAUUUCCUGGGAGGCUUUCUUACCCAUGGGUCCGCCCUCCUGGUCCCUCUCCUUGGCCCUGCCCCAGGCUCUCCUGAUGCUCCUCUACUGCUUCCUUGGGGCCAGGGAGCGGGAGGCGGGGGAGGGGUGCUUUGGUGCCUUUGCAAGUGGAAGCGUCACUACUGGGCAUCUGGGGAAAAGUUUCUCUCCACAGCCCGGAGCCCUCCCCCUGGCCACGCCGUGCUCAGCCGCUUCCUCUCCUAGAAGCUGGUCUCCCUCUGCCCUCUGGAGGAGUGGUCAUCACUCGGGAGGAUUUCAUAUCCUGGCCUUUAGGUGGUGGGUGCGGGUGGGAGAAGGGGGAGGGUCUCUGUUUAAAAUCAGACCUUUGUCCAGAUUCAUCCAGAAGGGAGUCAGCAGCUUGCUUCUGGGCAGGGCUGGUCCUCUCAAAAGUUGGAGAAAUGCACCUUCCGUGAUGGGUUUUUCUUGAAAACUGGUGUUAAGAAGUGCUUGGGAUUUUUUUUUUUUCUUUCCUUGGGAUUUUUUUUUUCUUUCUUUUUGCAUAACUAAGGCUCUCAGCCAGAGCCAGCCCUGUGUGCACUCCGCUGCCGACAUUUCAAACCUUUGUAGAUAUUUCUCCCAAAUCACAUCCUUAGGAGUUUCUUUUUGGUGGUUUGGUGUUAGUUGUGAUUUAAAAAUAGAAAUAGCUGGGUAAUAAUCUUUUGAAAUAUGUGUAGUCCAGAAUCCACUUGUCAGCUUUAAAGCUGGCUUCGGGGCAGACGGGGAUGUUGCACGCGGGGGCAGGCCAGGGGAUGGUGGGAGGUGGUAAGGUCCUCAUCAGGUGUCCCAGGCUGUGGACUGGUCUUUCGGUCUGGGAAUGGCAUCCCUUGGAAAGGGUCAGAAGGUAGAACUAGUUUGCUGACUAGUGAGUUUUAAAAAGAUACACGGUUGAGUGUGUUGUGCAGUGAAGCAAGCAGUUGGUCAGCUUCCUCCUGGCCUCUCGUGCCCCUGCCCCCUUCUGGGCCCCUGGAGGUCUCCAUGGCCUGGUCCUGGCCUUGGCACACAGUCGGGGCUCUGCGAGACCCCUCCCUGCUCCAACACGAGAGUCUCCAUUUACAGAAGCUCCUCGAGGCUCUGGGAGGACGUCUGAUGUUGGUGACAGAGCUGGGAAUGGCAUCCAGGAUUCCAUGCACAUCUUUCCUCCCACCAGCCGCCCUUUUCUCAAUAAAGUGUGUUUUGUGCAA